AUGGGUAAUUCACCUCCCGUUGGCAAAACAUUAAGCGAUAGUAAUCUUGAAGAAUUAUCACGUUUAUCGGGAUUUACACAAGAUCAAGUUCGAGAAUGGCACUCUGGCUUCUUAAAAGAUUGUCCUAGUGGUAAAUUAAACAAGAAAAAGUUUAUUGAAGUUUAUAAACAAUUUUAUCCCUCUGGAAAAGCAGAAAAAUUUUGUGAAUAUGUGUUCAGAACAUUCGACACAGAUUCAUCCGGCAAUAUUGAUUUUGGGGAAUUUCUUAUUGCCAUCUCAAUCACAGCUCAACAAGAUCCCAAAAAGAAGUUAGAAUGGGCAUUUUCUAUGUAUGAUAUUGAUCGUAACGGAUUUAUCGAGAAAAAGGAGAUGAAAAAAAUAAUGGAUGCCAUUUAUGAUUUACUUGGUGAAGAGAAAAAAGGUUCAAAUAACCCUGAAAGUAAAGUUGAACAAAUAUUUUCAAAAAUGGAUAAAAAUUCUGACAAAAAAUUAUCCAAAGAAGAAUUUGUUAACGGUUGUUUAGCUGAUGAUCAUCUAAGAAAAUUAUUGGCACCAUCAGCAACAUAG